AUGGCAGACUAUCUGCAGCUAGUUAAAAUUGUAACUGUAGUUCAGCUACACGUCAAAAAAGAAAAGUUGGAAAUAAGAGUUUCCAGAAUACAAGAAAACAGCUAUUCUGAGAACAUUAAACGACCAGCCCAGGUUAUCAGAAUGACCAUCCUACGUUUUCCCGUCGCUGACCCCUCCCCUUACUUUUCCGCGGUCUUCUCGGCAACCCUCUGCCGUCCUCCUCUGCCGUCUUUGCUAAGUCCGACUGCAGCGUUUCCUGUGGGCACACGCACGUGCUCCGUAGUCCCACCUCCUUUUACUCGCUUCCGGAUCCUUCUCACGCGCCAAUACGGCCCACCAAGGCCCUUCUUCCCGGCUUGUCUCACUUCAGCAACUCACGUCAGGCAAUCAGCCCCGCAUCCCGACCCCCCCCCCCGAAAUGCCACCUUUGCUCGUCAGUCUGCGUUCUCCCCCUCUCCUUAUCCCUCGCGGGUGCCCUCAGCCAACUCCCAUCUCUUGCUAGCCUACGAUGAGCCGCUUUCGUUUUGGGAAAGCUGUCACUUGGCCACAGAAGCACAGGACGUGAUCACCGGGGCCGAUAACCGUGUUGCCCUGAGGUUAUACUCUUGCAGUAACAGAGAAGUGAUUUACGCGGCAAUACCAACAACAUAUAUAGGAUCGAUAGGACAAGGCCUUGAGAGAGCGUCUGCAUCUUUAAGACAUCAAUGCCAUGUACGCAUAAUAGGAGUAAGCCCCGUUAUUUUGGGAUUUCCUUCCGAGUAAAUAGCUCGAGCUGUGAGGCUGCAAUCCAUACACUUCCUACAAAGCAUAAAAGGAGAGGUGCACCCUGACUGAAGCUUUUAUAAUUUGGAUGUGAGUUGCUGAAAGAAGCGCUGAGCAUAGAAAAAUGAUCGCCUCCUCAGCAAGCAACCACGAGGUGAAAUGUACAAAUUUCAUGAAUGGAAGCGCAACCCAGUGGUGGAAGUGGGUUGUUCCAGAGAUUGGCAGGGGUAGCCAACAUGGUGCCCUCCAGAAGUUGAUGAACUCCAACUCCCAUUAGCCCCAGCCAGCAUGGCCCAUACUCAGGGAAGAUGGGAGUUGAAAUCUCUGGAACAGGCAGGCUGAGCUUCCCCAUUUCUAUUGUUGGGUUGUGUUUGCUAUUCCUGGACUGGGGCAUUGGCUGAAACCAUGAGAACUCAAGUGCUUUGUAAGGCGGUGCAAUAAAUGUAUGGAAAAUUCUUUCAAAUUAUACAUCAUUUUGCACCCAAAAUCAAUAUGUAAGCAGCUUUCUAGCUGCGAAAGCUGUCCAUCCAGCAAAGGCUUCUAAGGGGCCACAUAUUAGAUUUGUAUCAAUAAAAUAUAAAAUAUUUAAUUCUGUGUAUCAGAAUUUUGAAUGCCCUGGAUAAAUAACAUUAUGGCCCAUUUUAUAUAUACAAAGCUACUCAAGAUGCUAAUUUACUAUAGUUCAGUUUUAUUUAUAUGUAUAGUCUCAUUCAAGUUUGGGAUUUAAAAAAAAUUAAGAAUGAAUUUACCUAUAGAUGUGGACUAUAAAGCAUGGUUUCCCAAACUGGUCCACGGACCAGUAGAGUCUGCAAACUUCAUUUGGGUGGUCUGUGGCAUAUCUGUGGAUUUGUGCUUGAAGAUGAGAGAUAGCACAUCCAUCAUA